AUGGGCUUCCUUUUUUUUUUUUCCAUCCGGAGUGAAAGGACAUUUAGAGAACAUUAUGAUAUAAAAGCUGUAAUCUCCAGCAGUCUCACACACCAGGGGAUAGCAGUGACCAGGAGUGACUCCACAGAAGUGAACAUGCAGCAGCUGGAUUCAAUGGAGAAUGACGAGUUGAUGGUCAGUGGCACCACGUAUUCUACUAAAAGCUCCAGGCUGCAACCAAAUUCUCGAACCAAGAGUUUGCCAGGAUGCCUGAGACACAGCCAAGUCCCCUUGGUCCUGCAGCUGCUCUCCUUUCUGUUCCUGGCUGGGCUCCUGCUGGUCAUUGUUUUUCAAGUCUCCAAGACCCCAAAUACUCAGAAGCAAGAGGAAGCCAAGAAUAAGAAGAUCUACCAGGAAAUGACCCAGCUGAUGGAUGAACUUUUGUCCAGGAUCCCCAUCUCCCAGGGGCAGAAUAAGUCCAUGCAGAAGAUCUCUGAGCAACUGACACAGCUGAAGGAUGAACUCUUGUCCAGGAUCACCAUCUCCCAAGGGCACAAUGAGUCUCUGCAAGAGAAGAUCUCUGAGCAACUGAUGCAGCUGAAGGCAGAACUCCUUUCCAAGAUGCCCAGGCUCCCAGGGCAGGAUGAUUCUAAGAAGGAAGAGAUCUACCAGCAACUGGUACAGAUGAAGGCUGAACUCUCCCGCCUGUGUCGCCCCUGUCUCUGGGACUGGACAUUCCUCCUGGGAAGCUGUUACUUCUUCUCCAAGUCCCAGCGGAACUGGAACAAUGCCGUCACAGCUUGCCAGGAAGUGAAUGCUCAACUAGUCAUCAUUGAAAGUGAUGAAGAGCAGACCUUCCUGCAACAGACUUCUAAGGCUAAAGGAUCAACCUGGAUGGGGCUGUCAGACCUGAAGAAGGAAGGCACAUGGCUCUGGGUAGAUGGUUCACCUCUAUCAUCCAGAUUCCAGAAGUAUUGGAAUAGAGGGGAGCCAAACAAUAUUGGGGAAGAAGACUGUGUGGAAUUCGUUGGGGAUGGCUGGAAUGACUCCAAAUGUGAUAUCAAAAAGUUCUGGAUCUGCAAGAAGUCUGCAGCCCCAUGCACUGCCAGCUGAGAGCUAGCUCCUCUCAACUUCCGCUUUCAUUCUGCUCUGCGAGGUGGAAUAACACACCUCACGUUCAUGCUGACUCUUUCUCCC